AUGGAGAUGAAGGUGGAGAUCAUCUCCAAAGAGACGAUCAAACCGUCCUCUCCGACCUCGGCCCAUCUCCGGCGCUUCGCUAUCUCUGUCUUCGACCAGUUCGCGGCUUCUGUUUACAUCCCGCUGGUCCUCUUCUAUGCCGACGCUCCUCGAGCUGGACCCGAGAUCCAUGAAACACUGGGGCGGAUGAAGUCGGCGUUGUCGGAAACCCUAGCUCGUUUCUACCCUCUUGCAGGUAGGAUCGCUGACAACGUACGCGUCGACUGCACAGACGAAGGCGCGGACUAUUUCGAGGCUCAGGUGACGGGGAUCGGCGUUCGGGAGAUCCUGCAGUCGCCAGACCCGGACGCGCUGAAGCUGCUCCUUCCCGUGGACAUCGACUCGCCCGAAUCGUUCCACGGUCGUUUGGUGUCUGUCCAGUCGAGCUUCUUUGUUGGCGGAGGAGUGGCGGUUGGGGUUUGCGUGUCGCACAAGGUCGCGGACACGUCUACUCUGAGCUCGUUCCUCCAUAGUUGGGCGGCUGCGGCUUGUGGCGGAGGCUCAGUGGCCGAGCUGCCGGCACCAGAUUUAAGUACCGCCUCGACUCUCUUCCCUCCUUCCGAGGCUCUGAGCAGCCUCCGCCCAGGGAAGAUGCUGAAGCAGAAGUGCCAGUCGAGGAGAUACGGCUUUCGGCCAGCGGAGAUUGCGGCUCUCCGAGCUAGAGCAGCGAGCUCGAUCGCCGCUCAGCCCACUCGAGUGGAAGCCAUGUCAGCCCUCAUAUGGAAAUGCGCGAUGGAAGCUGCUGCGUCCUCCGGCCGCUCUCUUCUCGCGCAAACCGUGAACAUCCGAAAGAGAAUGGAGCCGCCGCUUGCUCCGAGCUCCGUCGGAUGCUUGAUCAGCUACUUCACAGCAAAAUUAGAUGAAAACGACGAGCACCAAGAGAAAGAUCUCCUUCCAAUGCUAGUGGCCAAAAUGAGGGAAGGAAUGGACGAUUUCCUCGGAAAUUACGCGAAAAGACUCGGCGGGUCGGAGGGCUUUUCAACGUUGUGCGAAUUGAAUGAAAGAGCGGGAGAGUUGAUGAGGACGUACGGGCCGAGCUUCUACUCGGUCACGAGCUGGUGCCGGUUCGGAUUAUACGACAUCGAUUUCGGGUGGGGAAGGCCGGAUUGGACGAGCAUAUGCAGCUCGGAGUUCAAGAAUGCGCUGGUGCUGAUGGACGCGAGGGACGGCGAGGGAGCGGAGGCGUGGGUGAUGCUGGGCGAGGCUGAGAUGGCGGCGUUCGAGAAGGAUCGGGAUCUGUUGCGAUACGCCACUCCCAAUCCGAGCGCCUGGACCGGCCCGUGUCAGCCAUGA